UAUGUUCAUUUAAUUUAAAGAAAAUGUAUGUACUAUUAAUUUGUGUUUUUUUCUCUUCGUUUAAAAAAAAAAUCUUAUUAUGAUGUUUUCCCAGUUGUAGAUUACAGAUGAUUUGGCCCGUUACUCGAAGUUGAUAUGUUGUUCUUUGCACUGCAAAAAUGUAAGUUAUAUUUAGUAUAAUAAAUAAAGGACAAAGAAAAGUAACUGCAAAUGAAAGAAAUAAGGUUCAAGCAUUCAGAGCUAGAAAUUCCGGGGAACAUUUGAAACCAGCAUUUUAAAACCCUUUUGACAAGCCGCUCCUGCGUGCUUUCGUUUUGAAACAACACAAUAUUAAACUAUUAAAUUGCGAUUAGUGUUUUACAUUUUAAAUGUACUUGUCCGUCUUUAAAUUGUUUAUUUAAGGACAGUUUAACGUUUUUAAACCUCAUCCUUUAAUAUGUAACGUUAGUCACUCCUGGCCCUGUUUCGACAAGCGUUUCCUCUUUCACUCCAACCACAUGCUGAUACCACACACACACACACACACACACACACACACACACACACACACACACACACACACACACACACACACACACACACACACACACACACACACACACACACACACACACACACACACACACACCAACCACACUUCACAUCCCCUUGACACACUGCAUACGCGUUAUAAAGCUCCACAUCCCUCAACCCUUUAACAACAGCUGCUUCACUACAGGGAAGAAAGUCAGGAUCAGUCUGAUAAAAAAGAUGGAGCAAUUUAGGAUGUCCAUUGAUUUGUGUGACUAAUGGCUUACUGUACAUUGAGGGAGUCACUCAACAAUUUUCGAAUUAAACCACUGAAGGUGUGUCUGGGUCACGGUUACUACUACGGCAUGCAGGAUGGGACAAACUCGCUCGGAUCUCUCUCACAGCAGUAGCGCCAGCCCAGGCAGAGCGAAGUGGAAAGCAGGCGAGACAGCCCAGCGCCUUCGUAUCUGCAGAUUUAGGAGUGGAGAGAAGCGACGGGGGGAACAGCCGAACAGAAACCCGAUGAAAAAUAAUGUGUUAUCGUGUCUGGGAAGGAGAAAGCGAGACUCCAGCCAAACUGACCCGGAUUUAGCUUGCGGAAACACAGCUGGAGAUCAAGCAACGCGCGGCGAUCACAGAGUAGGAAAGUUGCCGAGGGACGAGGUUGUGUCAGCGGCUGGGGAACACCGAGCCUCCCCGGGUUGCUUUGAGGCUCCGCGCGGCUUGGAUGGUCAUGUGGAGGCUAUCCAACACGCCGUGAACCGAGAGGACGGAUCAUCCGAUGCGUCAGUUUUGGAAACGCGGACCGGUGAAAUCGAAGAUCCGAAAUCCGAGCGAGAGUACAAUGCCUCGGAUGCCCCGACGAGGGCCAUGGAAGACCAGCCACUGUGGGGAAACAACCUGGGUGGUAUUGUGUGUGAGGCUCGGGAAUUAACGGGGGCUAGUGUGAGUUCAGCCCCGCUGCUUACCUCUGACCCGGACCACGUUGAGGCUAAAAUGACAAAAAGUGACUGCAGAAACGUGUCAGGUCGGCCCGAUACCACCGGGGAAAGUGAGAGCUUGAAGGACGCUGACAAGGCCUUUCAGAUUUCCCUAGGAGGUUUCCAAGGAACUAUACCGAAACUCAUCAUCACCAGAGACACCAGCCCGACCCGCCCUGCGGAGACACCGACCCUGCUGACCUCCGGCUCGUGUCUUGAGCCUCAGCCGGAUGACGAGUCCCCCUGCUCGGACAGCGGCUGCGGAGGGUCCCCUGCCCUGAUGCGCUCACCGAGGAAGCUGUCCAACUCCUCCUCCAUCGGCCUGUCCUCCGCCUCGUCCUUCGAGGAGUCCGAAGACGACUUCACCGGGAGCGACAUCGAGUCCAGCCUGUCUCCGGCUCGUUCCAUGUGCAGCCCGGACGACGGGACAGGGAAUAAGUCCUGGCAGAAACUAAAGACCAUGGUCCACUGGUCCCCCUUUGUCGUGUCCUUCAAGAAGCGUUACCCAUGGGUGCAGCUAGCUGGCCACGCAGGUAACUUCCAGGCUGGUGAGUACGGCCGCCUGCUGAAGCGCUACUGUGAGUGUGAGCAGCAGUGUCUGCAGCAGCUGAUGAAGGAAACUCUGCGCCCCUACGUGCCGGGGUAUUAUGGGGUCGUCCAGAAAGACGAGCAGGACUACAACCUAAUGGAUGACCUGCUGGCUGACUUCGACUCGCCCUCCAUCAUGGACUGUAAGAUGGGCAGCAGGACUUACUUGGAGGAGGAGCUGUUAAAGGCCAGAGAACGUCCACGUUUGCGGAAGGACAUGUAUGAGAAGAUGGUGGCGGUGGACCCCGGGGCCCCAACAGAGCAGGAGAAGGCCCAGCAGGGAGUCCUCAAACCCAGAUACAUGCAGUGGCGGGAGACCCUCAGCUCCACAGCCACCCUGGGCUUCCGCAUCGAAGGAAUUAAGAAAGCUGAUGGAACUUGUAACACCAACUUUAAGAAGACGAAGCGCAGGGAGCAGGUGAUGCAGGCCUUGGAGGACUUUGUAGCUGGCAACACUCAGAUUCUGAAGCUCUACCUGCAGCGGUUAGAGGAACUCCGAUCAGUCCUUGAGCAGUCGCACUUUUUCAGGUCACACGAGGUUGUAGGCAGCUCUCUGCUGUUUGUGCACGACGCCUCGGGGAAAGCCAGAGUGUGGAUGAUCGACUUUGGAAAGACGGUGCCCCUGCCGGCCCCCAGCACCUUGGACCACAGGACCCCUUGGUUGGAGGGUAACAGAGAGGAUGGCUACCUGUGGGGACUGGACAACCUCAUAGACAUCCUCAGCACUAUGCUCCCACAGACCCCCUGAGAGAGAAGACCCUAAUGAAAUGUUUGUGAUGCAUAAUCAGGAGAGUUUGGAGAAAGGUAGACCAACAGACAGACAGAGGAAGGAUUAGAAAAUGACUACUGAUCUUCACUACCCACAACAAGUGUCUUUAUCCUAUUGUGCUUGUGUAAGACAAGACGAAGGCAAGGACAGGAUCUCUAUUGAAAGUGGAAUAUGCCAAAGAUCGACUUCAUGCAUUAUGCUCCUUUUGUGGAACCUCGGGACAGAGGAGUUGUUGCAACCAGUUGUAGGAAAAGAAAGGGAGAAUUGCAUGCAGCAUUGUAACUUUUUGUCAAAUGGAGAGUACAGUCCUUUAAAUUUAUGGACCUCUCACUGACCCCUUUUUCCUACAAAGACAUAUCUCCAUCCUCAACAUCUCCCUCUGUUGGUUAGAGUUGCACACAGCACUCUCACAACCAUGAACCUGAUCCAGAAAACUUUUCGCGACGCCUUCAAGGAGCGCUGGGCAACGGGGAGUUUUAUUUCUUGUCAUGGACCACUUGUGAUGUAUAAGUACACGGCAACACUAAAACACUGGUCAGACCACGUGUUCACUAACUCAGUGUGUAAAUACAUUUUUAUUUAAUUUUUGGCCUUGGUAUACCCUCCUUACCUUGUUUGUACAAUUUCUGUGCCUUGCAUUUUCAAGGAGCGUUUUGAUCAUUCCAGUGCAGUGGACUCAUGCUAUUUUCCUUCCAAAGAGUUCACCCAAAUGUAAACUGAUUUACAAUAUAGUCCCAAAGCUUAACUUGUUGCAAGUGUUUUCUAAAUUUGGAUUUUUGUAUGAUAUGCAGUUUUUUUUAAUCUCAUUGAACUGUGCAGUAAGCAGCUUGACAGCCAUGUUCGUCUGGAAUUGUUGCACUAUGGAUCCUCACAAAGCCAUUGAACAAAUCAAGCGGUGCCUCAGAGUGUCUUAAGAUGGGAAGCAGCAGUCAAGUACUGGGUUUACAGAUGCAGAAAUUAAGAAGUUUAUUGCAUGAAUUAAAUCUAUUAUCACUUCAUUAAUCUGAUCAGUGUUGCUUCAAAUUAGCUGGGAGUUUCACAGAAAAGCAGUGGUGCAGAGAGUGAAAUGUAACUGGAAAUACCUGCUAAAACUGGUAAGGCUUUUGUAAGGUGACAUUUAUAUAUGAGCUUACAUGUGAUCUUCAAAUGUAUCCUAUGAUUCAACGCAUGACACAUAGUUGAAUCCAAGAAUAUAACAUUUUAAACACAAGGACGUUUAGUAAAUCUCCUUUAGCUACACUAAACACAGAGUUUGGAAGAAUUUUUUGUAUGCAGGAUGGAGUUUACAAAGCAAAAAUGUGGUUAUGUUAAGAUAUGAAGUCAGUGCUUAGGAUAAUAUAUGUUGUUCCUUGACUGCAAUGCAGCAGGUAGUGAACUCGUCAGUGAGCUGUAAACAUCUAACUUUAUGUAAUCAGAGAACAAAUUUUAGGAAUUUGGUUUUUUCCAUUUCCUGAAAAGUAAAUGUUCACAGAGAGAGGUUUAAGCUGUUUACAAAGUAUUACAUUUCUUAGCCCACAAAUCCUCUAUAUUUGUAAAAUGGCAAAUGAUCAGGUUCUCAAACUGGGUGCUGCUUUAUAGGUAAGAAAACUGGAAUUAUAAUCACAUUUUGUAUUUUCAAAAGGCAGCCUAUUUUAAAGCUGCAAAGCACAGACAGACUGCUUAACAUUGAUAUUCAUUCCCUGCUUUGUCCAGAUGAUGGAAUGCAAUAAACUGGAAAUAACAUC